UCUGUUUGAUGAUACUAGCUAUGCCGCAGCAGAGAUUCCAGACAUGGAUUUAGAUGAGAGAGAUGGAAGGAUACAUGUUGGGAAGGUUUUUGGUAACAAAAAAGAUUGUCAGAUAUCGUUGGCGAUAUAUGCAAUCAAAAGCCAAUUCCAUUUUAAACAAACAAGAACAAAGGUUGAUUCUUUUGUUGUGGAAUGUCCAGAUGAACACUGUGACUGGAGAGUUACAGCUCAUGAGAUCAGGGUGUGUGGUUAUUAUGAGAUAAGGAAAGCUCAACUUGAUCAUAGUUGUCCCAUCGAGUCAAGGCAGGGGUAUAAGAGCAAAGCUACUUCGCGGGUUAUUGCGGCAGUUUACAAAGCUAAGUUUGGGGAACCUGGUAAAGGACCAGUGCCUGCGGAAUUACAGAGGCUAGUGCUCGAGGAUCUUCGAGGGACUGCAUCGUACAUGAAGUGCUAUAGGGCGAAAGAGAAAGUUAUCAUGGACAUUCGUGGAUCAGAAGAAGACUCCUACUUGAAGCUGCCAGAGUAUUUGCACAUGUUAAAACUUGCAAAUCCUGGCACGGUUGCUGAUCUGGAGACUGAGGUGGAUGAGGAUGGAGAUGAGCGAUUUCUUUAUAUGUUCCUUGCGUUUGGGGCGUCCAUAGAUGGGUUUAAAAAGCUGCGUCGUGUGCUGGUGAUAGAUGGUACACACUUAGGAGGGAAGUACAAGGGGGUGCUGUUGACUGCAAGUGGACAAGAUGCAAACUUUCAGAUCUUUCCUCUUGCUUACGCUAUUGUGGACAGUGAAGAUACAGAAGCGUGGACAUGGUUUCUACAAAAGGUUGAGCGUAUAUUGGCUGAUUCCCCAAGUCUUGCCAUUAUAUCUGAUCGUGCAACAUCAAUUUCUAAUGCUGUGAAACGUGUCUAUCCAUCUGCUCAACAUGAGGCGUGCAUUGUCCACUCAGCAAGGAACGUUAACUCCCGCUACUCGAGCAAGAACUUGGCAAAGAUGGUGACUGCUGCUGCAACUGCAUACAGACAACGGGACUACAGGGAGCUGUACGCUAAGGUCAGAGCAACUAACAGUGCAUGCGGAGUUUAUUUGGGGAAUAUCGGUGUGGCUCAUUGGUCGCGGUCGAACUUUGCGGGUGAGCGCUAUAAUAUCAUGACUAGCAAUAUAGCUGAGCAGCUUAACAACGCUUUGAGGGAAGGGAUGACGUCACCAAUAAUGGAGUUGGUGAUAUUCAUUCAAAGGAUGAUGACAAGGUGGUUCUGUGCUAGGAGAAAGAAAGCAGAGAAGCAUAGGGGGGUUGUUAGCGUGGAAGUUGAUAAAGAGAUGACCUCUAAUAUGGCAACAAUGAAGGGUAGUAAAGUGAACUCUGUCUCGAAUUGGACUUGUGAAAUUGUGGGAAAAUUUGGAGGAAAGGAGCGUGUGAUGCUUGCUGAGAAGCAAUGUAGCUGCAAGUAUUUUGAUAAAAUAAAAAUACCUUGUGGCCAUGCUAUGAUAGCUGCUGACAGUUUGGGAGUGACUUAUGAAACAUUGGUGGGUCACUGGUACAAGACUUCGACUUGGAGGGAGACAUAUGGUGGGAUAAUUAAUCCAGAGGGAGAUCCUAGGGAUGUUGAUGUUCCGGAACACGUUAAGAAUAUGGUGUUAAUGCCGCCCUUGACGACGAGGCCAGCUGGGCGUCGUAGGAAGAACAGGAUUCCUUCAACUGGUGAAUUUCCGGUUGCGAAGAAGACAAAGCUGGUUCCAAAUAAGUGUGGGAGGUGUCGUUGUGAAGGGCACAACAGGACCCGUUGCACAAACCCAAUAUAGAGAUUGAGGCAGUGGGAGGGAGUUUUUGUUCGAAGUCAUUACUUGGCUAGCACAUUAUCGUAUGAAUAAGUUUUUGAAUAAGAAACGAACUUGAUCAUGUAGUGUUAUGAGUGGUUUUGUGACAUUUGAGUUGGAGAAGUAUUAUGGUUUGAGUUGUUAAGUGGUAAAGACUAUUACUUUGCUAUUGUAUUUGAGAGGAUAAUUGUGUUUGCAUUGAUUAAGGUUUAUUUGGUA